AGAGGCGAGUUAUGCCAUUUGGCUUGUUCAUUUAUUUGCGUUCUCAUCCAGAUCACGCCCCUACCCUACAAAAAGCUAACAACGUCAUAAUAGAUCAAGACAUCGGCUCUAAAUCGUACCCAUUCAUGUGAUAAUAACGUAGGCGAGCACCUCGCAGGCUAUACAUCCCCCCCGCACAUCGAUACGUACGUCAACUGCGGGCUGCAUGAUGAAAUUAGUGUGGUGCUUUCUGCAAUCAGUUUUCGUCAGUCGCCUUAGGCCAACCCUAAGCCCUUACCAUUUCUUUUGCAUUUAUGUUUUCAGACUCAAGCUGUUUAUUUCAUUCGGAAGCCCUGACUCGCGUUUCUUAGUCAGAUCCUUGUGCACAGAACUUGCAGUUGUAAUUUGCGAUGCUGCCAAUAGGGAAAGGAGCUGUCGUGCAAGAGCAUGGGACGCGAGAAGCAACCACAAAGGUUCCCUCGUAUGGGGCUUCUUCGCACGUUGA